AUGUCAUGCGAGACGAACAUCAACGAUUGUCUGUCUUCUCCUUGUCUUCACGGAGAAUGUAUCGAUGGCGAAAAUUCUUUUACGUGCACAUGCCAUCCCGGAUAUGCAGGUGCUUUAUGUCAACAACAGAUCAACGAGUGCGAGUCGAAUCCUUGUCAGUAUGGGGGCCUUUGCCAGGAUUUGGUAAACGGCUACCAAUGUCUUUGCAAACCAGGCACUUCUGGACACAACUGUGAGAUCAACGUCAACGAAUGCUACAGCAAUCCCUGCAGAAACGGAGCUAGAUGUCUGGAUGGAAUCAAUAGUUACACCUGCGAAUGCCACCCCGGCUUCACCGGGCGCCACUGCGAAAACGACAUCGACGAAUGCUCUUCCAAUCCUUGUGCAAACGGUGGCGUAUGCAUCGAUCUCAUCAACGGCUUCCGCUGCGAAUGUCCUAGAGGCUAUUUCGACGCAAGAUGUCUCAGUGAUGUCGAUGAAUGCAAAUCCAACCCUUGCAAGCAUGGAGGAAGCUGCGAAGACGGCGUCAACCAAUUUAUUUGUCAUUGUCUCCCAGGAUAUGGUGGCAAACAGUGUGAAAUCAACAUCGAUGAAUGUGCCUCGAAUCCUUGUCAACACGGAGGCAACUGCAGAGACCAUUUGGCUUCUUACACCUGUGAAUGUUUGCCCGGAUAUUCUGGAAUAAACUGCGAAUCUAACAUCGACGACUGUGCAGUCAAUCCAUGCAAGAACGGAGGUAGCUGCAUUGAUUUAGUUAACGAUUUCAAGUGCGUCUGUGAGCUGCCGUUCACUGGAAGAGAAUGUCAAGACAGAUUAGACCCUUGCCAGCCACAUCUGUGUCAACACAACUCAAAAUGUACUCCCAGCUCGAACUUUUUAGAUUUCGCUUGCUCUUGUGGUGUAGGCUACACUGGAAGAUUCUGCGAGCAAGAUGUGGAUGAGUGUAUUGUAUCGAAACCUUGUAGAAAUGGAGCUACCUGUAGAAACACCAACGGAAGUUACAUGUGCAUGUGUAUGCGGGGAUAUGAAGGAAAAGAUUGUUCUAUCAACACCGAUGACUGUGCUUCAUCCCCUUGUCAAAACGGAGGCACAUGUUUGGACGAAUUAGGUGACUUCGUGUGCCUUUGUAUCAACGGUUUCGAAGGCAAACAGUGUGAAGUCGAUAUCGACGAAUGCGCCUCACAUCCUUGUCAAAAUGGCGCCACUUGUAACCAGUACGUCGAUUCUUACACGUGCACAUGCCCACUAGGUUUCUCUGGUAUUAACUGUCAAACGAACGAUCAGGAUUGUACUGAAAGCAGCUGUAUGUAUGGUGGUACCUGUAUAGAUGGAAUCAACAGUUAUGUUUGUACCUGUAAACCCGGCUAUACUGGAUCAAAUUGUCAAAAUCGCAUCAACUUGUGCGACAGUUCACCUUGUCUGAACGGUGCCACCUGUCAAGACCAUACCACCCAUUACACUUGUCACUGUCCAUUCGGAUACACCGGCAAAAAUUGUGGAGAAUACGUAGAUUGGUGUGCUACGAAUCCUUGCGAAAAUCAUUCCACCUGCAGACAAAGUAAAAACCAAUACUCUUGCACUUGCGGACCUGGAUGGACGGGAAAGGUUUGUGAUGUUGAGAUGGUUAGUUGCAAAGAUGCAGCUGCUAAAAAAGGAAUCCAUUGGAAAUACUUGUGCAACAACGGUACAUGCGAAACAAUCGGUAAUUCUCACAGAUGUCACUGCAAAGAAGGCUACACAGGCUCCUAUUGUCAAAAAGAGAUAAACGAAUGCGAAACCGCGCCUUGUCAAAACGGCGCUACUUGUAAAGAUCUCAUCGGAUCGUACAGCUGUAUUUGCCCCAAAGGCUUCCAAGGUCAAAAUUGCGAAUUAAACGUAGACGACUGUCAACCGAAUCCUUGUCAAAACGGAGGCACUUGUCACGAUUUAGUCGACAGUUUUCUUUGUUCGUGCCCUCCCGGAACUUUGGGCUACAUUUGCGAGAUUAACAUCGACGACUGCAGAGCAGAUUCUUGCCACAACAACGGCACGUGUAUGGAUAGAGUGGGAGGCUUCGAAUGUAAGUGUCCUCCUGGUUUCGUUGGGCCUAGAUGUGAAGGUGACAUCAAUGAAUGCCUGUCCAAUCCUUGCUCCAAUCCAGGAACGUUAGAUUGCGUACAAUUGGUGAACAACUACCACUGCAACUGCAAAGCCGGCUUCAUGGGUCGACAUUGUGAGCGUAAAGUCGACGUUUGUGCUGCUAGUCCGUGUAGAAAUGGAGGAAUGUGUAUACCAACCAACUCUGGGUACAACUGUACUUGUCCUGAAGGCUUCUGUGGUCGUUACUGCGAGUUAAAUGGAUACGACUGUGAUUCUGAACCAUGCAAGAACGGAGGGGUGUGCCACGUUUCCGAAAUUGGAGGAUAUUUCUGCGAAUGUCCAGAAACAACCACUGGGCCUAAUUGUGAAAUCGACCUGGUGAACGAAUGCGACAGCAGUCCUUGUUUACAUCCAAAAGCUGUCUGUGAAAACAAGAUCGGUGAUUAUGUAUGUUACUGUCCACCGAAACACGUCGGAAAAAAUUGCGAAGUGUUUGAUCGAAGCGCACCAGGAGGCAUUGGAAAACCUGUGAGACAGUUGCAAGACUUUAACAGUUUUUACGCCAUGGAUUUAGAAAAGCAACGACAAGAAUGUAUUAGAAAUAAAUGUCCUAUAAAACGAGGUAACAUGCGUUGCGAUGAAGAAUGCAACACGUACGCUUGCGAUUUUGAUGGUAAUGAUUGUUCUUUGGGUAUCAAUCCAUGGGCUAACUGUACCGCCCCCACCAAAUGUUGGGAAGUAUUUAUGGAUGGUACCUGCAAUGAAGACUGCAACAAUCCUCAGUGUUUGUUUGAUGGAAGAGACUGUGAAAAGAAACUGCAAGCUUGCAACCCGAUUUAUGACGCUUACUGCCAAAAACAUUACGCCAACGGUUACUGCGAUUAUGGAUGUAACAACGCCGAAUGCAACUGGGACGGUUUGGAUUGCGAAAAAGAACCACCAGAACUAGCAGAUGGAGUUAUAACGAUGGUGAUUUUAAUGGACAUGGAAAGCUUUAAAAACAACUUGGUCGCUUUCUUGAGAGACACAAGUCACCAAUUGCGAACCACCGUAAGAGUAAAGAAAGAUCAGCUAGGAAAUGAUAUGAUUUAUCCAUGGAUGGGAUCAACACCAACAAACAACCUACAGGAUGAUUACUUCCGAAAGAAACAUCAUGUAGUGUUCUCAGAACAAGCACAAACUGGAGUCAAAGUAUUUUUGGAGAUAGACAAUCGGAAGUGUGCAUCGCUGGCAGAGAACUCAGACUUUUGCUUCCAAACAGCAAGCGCAGCUGCCGAAUUCUUAGCUGCCAAAGCUUCCAAACACACCCUGUCCUCAUCUUUUCCGAUCUACCAAGUAAACGGCUCCACUGGCUUGGACCCGGAUGAAAAUCCACCUGCAAAUGCCAAAUACGUACUAAUCGGGAUAUUAAUGGUUAUAUGUCUGAGUGCACUCAUUUUUGUGGUCAUCCAGACUCAGAGAAAGCGUGCAGCUGGUAUAACAUGGUUCCCAGAAGGUUUCCUAAGAACAAAUUCUGGCACCCGACGCAGAUCCAGGCGGCGAGGCCCUGAAGGACAAGAACUACGCAAUUUGAGCAAAAAUCCUUCAAUACCAGGAAUGGACAUUGAUCCAAAUGGACACCACGGUCAUGUUCCUCAAUGGUCAGACGAUGAAAGCGAUAUGCCGCAACCGAAACGCUUCAGAGGCAACGAUAUGGGUUAUUCCAGUGAUCAUACAGCUAUAACUGAAUAUGAAGAGGCCGAACCACGCUGGACUCAACAACACUUAGAUGCCGCCGACAUAAGACCAUCAGUCAUGUUAACUCCUCCUCAAAGCAACGAAGUUGGUGAUAUCAACGCCAGAGGUCCUUGUGGUAUGACUCCUAUAAUGGUAGCUGCCGUUCGUGGAGGAGGUAUGGACACUGGAAUAGAAGAAGACGACGACGAUGGCGCCGGACAGAUUAUCCAAGAUUUGGUAGCUCAAGGUGCUGAAUUGAAUGCUGCUAUGGACAAAACUGGAGAGACUUCGUUGCAUCUUGCUGCUAGAUAUGCUAGAGCAGAUGCAGCUAAGCGCCUCCUGGACCACGGAGCUGACGCUAACGCACAAGACAACACAGGCAGGACACCCCUACACGCAGCAGUAGCCGCUGACGCUUUGGGAGUGUUCCAAAUACUCUUAAGAAACAGAGCUACCAACCUAAACGCCAGAAUGCACGAAGGUACUACGCCUCUAAUUUUAGCUGCUCGGCUAGCAAUUGAGGGAAUGGUGCAAGAUCUCAUCAGCGCAGAAGCCGAUAUCAACGCUGCGGAUAAUUCCGGCAAAACGGCGCUUCACUGGGCGGCUGCCGUCAACAACGUGGAGGCUGUUAAUAUAUUGUUGGCGCAUGGAGCCAACAGAGAUGCUCAAGAUGACAAGGACGAAACACCCCUGUUUCUUGCAGCUCGUGAAGGCUCAUAUCAAGCGUGCAAGGCUCUUCUAGAAGCGUACGCUAACAGAGAGAUAACAGAUCAUAUGGAUAGAUUGCCCAGAGAUGUAGCAACGGAAAGACUGCAUCACGAUAUCGUUCGAUUACUCGAUGAACAUGUGCCUAGAAGUCCACAGAUGGUUAGCGUUAUUCCCAGCAAUACUGUCAUGACUUCUCCCACUGGACAUAUGCUUCAGCAACCAACAGUGAUAAUACCCAAACGUCAAAAGUCAAAGAGGCCAAGCAAAGCCAAUGGUCCUACGAGUCCUGAGAACGACGGUGGCAUGAUGACCGUUGGCAGCAUCCGCAGGAAACCCAGCGUGAAGAAAAACAACAAAAAAGUCCAACAAGCCGAAAUGGCGCAAAAUAUCGACUCAGUCAAUUCUACGUUGAGCCCUGUGGAGUCUCCAAUGACAAACCUGCCGAGUCCUUACGAUGCUACUUCAUUAUAUUCGAAUAUGAACUUACCCCAAGGCUUGGAGAGUCUCAUGGCAAACAAACAGCCACCCAGUUAUGAAGAUGUUGUGAAGAACAAUCUUGGGUUUGCUCUUGAUAAUUACGCUGCAACCUUCAACUUAUUCCCAGACGCCAUGAUCAUGCAACAGAGGCAACUACAGGCGAAUACCCUCAGUCCGCCAUAUUCCAACCAAUCGCCGCCUCAUUCCGUGCAAUCUAACAUGUCCUUGUCCCCUCAGGGAUACAACGGGUCGCCGUCACCUGCCAAAACACGUCCAUCUCUGCCCACAAGUCCCACUCAUAUGGCAGCGAUGCGAGCGGCCACCAGAAGCCAGCAGCAAAAGCACGGUGGAGUUCCACAGGUGCAGAACCUACAAAUGGGCUUCGAUUUCAGCCAAACAGGCUUAGAGCUUCCUAUGACUUACACCGGCUUAGCUAACACUUCCCACGCAACUCAGGCUCAACUACAGCCUCAACAAUACCAACAACAAAACUAUUUUUUAACGCCUCCGUCACAGCACUCGGAUCACCUGCUGCCCGAGACCUUCCCCACGCCGAGUCCGGAGAGCCCGGGGCACUGGUCUUCGAGUUCUCCGCGGUCCUGUAACUCCGACUGGUCGGAGAAUAUCGCCAGUCCAAACACUUACGUAUCCUCGGGACACCAGACGAACAAAAAUGCUGAUCCCGUAUACAUUUAG